CAUGGGAGGAAGGUGGAGUGCAGAGAGGCUUUUGUGUUCUUCCCAGAUCAAAGCAGCAGCUGGAAGCGGCUCCUCCUCUGACCCACUGUUGACUCACUGACAGUCCCAUUCCCUUUAAUUGGUGAUGCGGCAAUGACCCAACAAGAUGAGGGAGGUGGCGGGCAGUAGACAAAGAGGAAGGCAAUAAGAGCGCUCUGGACAACUGAGGAUAACAAGCAACAUUGAAUAUCAAAGCAAGUCAGUCCAGAAACCAAAAUAUUUUCAAUUUCCUUCCGAGAGCCACACAAUUCUUCACAUUCCUCAGCAGGUGAAAAAGAAACAAGAGAACAUCAAGGAGUUAUUUCUAGCUGGGAAAAGUAAAGGGUGAAAUUCAAGCAUACGUUACAUGAAAAGUGAAGGGCAAUAAUUUUUCCAUUCAGCAAAAGAGGGAAGUGAAAAAGUCAAUGGGGAGGUAAAGGUCAAUUGGAAAGCCAUGUAGAGCAGACCGUGUUGCAGGCCUCACUCUGGGAGGAAGAAAAUCACCACUAAAUCAAAGCACCACUAAACAAGGAAUCAUCCACAUUUUUGGCCUUCUCAGUAAUAUGAGUUGUGGAAAAUCUCCAUAUACACACCAGUUGUGGGAAAGAUACAACUUGCAAAUCAUAGUUGAUUAUGCCUGAGAGGAUCUAGACUGGAGAAAAGCCUUAAAUAUACUCUGCGGCAAAACCUUUGAUCAGAACAAAUCCGUUUUGUUUAAUGGAAGGAUCCACACAGGAGAGAUGCUCUACAAGUGCUCCCAAUGGGGUAAAUGCUUUAGCGAGCAUGACAACAUGGACUCAUACCAAGGAGAAACCCUUUGAAUGUUCUGAUUGUGGGAAAUGUUUCAUUCAGAAUUCCAGCCUGGUUCAACACCAGAGGAUUCACACAGGAGAGACACCCUUUCAAUGUCCUGAUUGUGGGAAAAGUUUCAGUUGGAAUUCCAGCCUGGUGAGACACCAGAGGAUUCACACAGGAGAGAAACGCUCUGAAUGUCUUGAUUGUGGCAAAUGUUUCAGUACCAAUUCCAGCCUUGUGACACACCAGAGGACUCACACAGGAGAGAAACCCUUUGAAUGUCCUGAUUGUGGUAAAUGUUUCAGUACCAAUUCCAGCCUGGUUCAACACCAGAGGAUUCACACAGGAGAGAAACCCUUUGAAUGUCCUGAUUGUGGGAAAAGUUUCAGUCACAAUUCCAGCCUGGUGAAACACCAGAGGACUCACACAGGAGAAAAGCCCUUUAAAUGUCCUGACUGUGGAAAAAGUUUCAGUCAGAAUUCCAGCGUUGUUGGCCACCAGAGGAUUCACACAGGAGAGAAGCCCUAUGAAUGUCCUGUUUGUGGGAAAGGUUUCAGUCAGAAUUCCCACCUCAUGAAGCACUAUAGGACUCACACAGGAGAAAAGCCCUUUGAAUGUCCUGACUGUGGGAAAAGGUUUGGUCAGAAUUCUACUCUGGUUCAACACCAGAGGACUCACACAGGAGAGAAACCGUUUGAAUGUCCUAUUUGUGGGAAAUGUUUCAGUAAAAAUUCCCACGUCAUGGAACACCAGAGGACUCACACAGGAGAGAAACCCUUUAAAUGUCCUGCCUGUGGGCAAAGUUUCAGUCACAAUUCCACCCUGGUUCAACACCAGAGGAUUCACACAGGAGAGAAACCCUAUGAAUGUCCUGUUUGUGGGAAAAGUUUCAGUAAAAAUUCACACCUCGUGGAACACCAGAGGACUCACACAGGAGAGAAACCCUUUAAAUGUCCCGACUGUGGGAAAAGUUUCAGUCAGAGUUCCACCCUGCUUCAACACCAGAGGAUUCACACAGGAGGGAAACCCUUUAAAUGGCCUGACUGUGGUAAACAUUUUGGCAAGAAUGUCCUGAUUGUGGAAAGGUUUCUCUCAGAGAUCCCAGCUUGUGGUGCACCAGAGGACUCAUGCAGAAGAGAAGCCCUACAUGUGCUUCCAAUGUGGUAAAUGCUUUAGCGAGCAUGGCCACAUGGACUCACACCAAGGAGAAACCAUUUGAAUGUCCUGAUUAUGAGAAAUGUUUCUGUGAUAAUUCCAACCUGAUAAUACACCAGGGGAUCCACAUAGGCAAGAAACUCUUUAAAUGUCCUGACUGCGGGAACAGUUUUAGUCAAAAUUCUCACCUCAUUUCACACCAGAGGACUCACACAGGAGAGAAACCCUUUAAAUGUCUAACUAUGAGAAAAGUUUCAGUCACAAUUCUACCUUGGUUCAACACCAGAUGAUUCACACAGGAGAGAAACCGUUUGAUUGUUCCGUUUGUGGAAAAAGUUUUAGAUGGAAUUCCAACCUUGUAAUCUACCUCAGGAAAGGAACCAUAUGAGUGUCCAGACUGUGGACUUGCCUUCUCAAUCAUAUGCUUGUACACAAAGAGAAGAAACCUUUUGAGUUCCCCGAGUGUGGAUGAUGCGUCAGGAAACAUUCCACCGUUAUUGCACACAAGAAAAUCAUCCUGAGGCCCUAAGUAAUGAGUGUAGAGAAGAUUUAAAGUUCAUUUGUAAUGUCACAUUGUAAAUCCAGCUGACAAACUGACUGCUAAAUUUGACUGUAAGGAAUUUGCUUAAUUUUUUAUAGGCAAAUAUGUAAUGGUAUUAGAUGGGAGGAAGGAAGAAUGGCAAUAUGAUAAUCCCUAUCUGGUCACUAACAGCAGAAGUUGCUGGAUACACGUAGUUCUUGAUCCUGCCCAUUCCAUCCGUAACUCAAGAAUUCAUGGGAGUGAAUCUCUUACAUUGAACGACAUCACUCCCUGCAUUCGCCCUUGCAUUCCCUGCUUUCUCAUCCCAAAUUAGCCAGAUGAGACCUUGGAUGCCGAGAAAGCAACCUCUCGGGGCUGCUUUCCUGUCCGCAUAUCACUUGAGCAUUGUCUACAGCAAUGCAACCUCCCUGUAGGUUUUGGUAAGGAAAUGUCAAAAAGUGGGAAGGCAUAAAGGGCCAAACCUUCCCUCCAUUUGCAAACAUGAGUCCCUCGGGAUAGGGCGGCAUACAAAUGGAAUAAACAUUUCAAACAUCCAGGUCUCAAUUCACAGGGAAUAGAGGCGUAAAGUGUGAGAUUAAACAAGAUCUCACGCUACUGAUCUCGGAGUAUGUCAGGCAUCUGUUCUCUGCGAAUGCGGGCAAAGAAACCACAACAGAGAGGGGGUCUUUGAAAGGUAAGUGACUCUCCACAGGCAAAGUUCCUGUAGAAACCUGGUUUGGGGGGGACAUGAAUAUGCGGGGUGAAUGUUGCAGAGCCACUGCAGUCAUUUGUAAGGGUGAACAACUGCUGUGGGGCUGCAAUAUUCAUAAUCUCGGGAUUUAUUGGUAAACACUAGGGGGCACUUAUCAUGUAAGGAAUGUUUGCUAAGGGAAUGAUUGUACCUCUGGGUAUUACCUGUAUUUAUUUUUGUAGAAAUUGUGCAAUGAUGUAAGAAUAUUUUUAGAGUGUUCUUUGCACCUUUAUAAUGGUGGAUGAUAGAAAUGCCAUGUACAGAGUCCCAGCCUUUUUCUCCCUGCGUGCCCCUGAGAUUUUCAGCCCCAGAAUUGCCCAGCCAGCAUCUCUCGGGGAUAGGAGCUAAAGAUACAGAUUGUGGCUCCACUUAUAAAGAGAAAGCAAGAGAAGACAAAGAGUUCAAAGUUCAACUUUUCCGAACAGUUCCAGGAAUUCAGUAUAUCAAGCAUUUUUUUCAGAUUGUGUCAGGAAUGGGGCAUCAAAGAAUUCCAAGAUUGUUUGUUUCCCCAACACCAGUGAAAAAGACAGGUUACGAUUUUUUUUCUUGCUGUCAUUACAUGAUGGACAUACAACAACCAAGACCAGAACAGUUUUUUUCUCUCCUUGGUGUCACAUUUUAGUGCACCAUCUCAUCAUACUAUUUUUAGGAGUUGGAAAGUCUUGCAAUGUUCCCCUACCGCCUGAAUCUCUCACAGGGCAAGAGGUGGGGUGCUACCUGUUCAGGCGAACCAGUAGUUAAGAUUCUGUGCAGUUCGGUGAACCAGCAUUUCCCACCACUCACUGGCCCUGCCCCUGCCAUUUUUCAGGCUUUUUGGCGGGGUGUUUAUUGGCUGUUUUGGGGCCUGAAAACACCCACCAAAAUAGUCAGUGGCGGCCAGUUGGCUGAAUCCUACUUUGCCUUUGAGGCGAGCGGCCGGGAGGCAUGGCUGUGUGUGAUUAGUGACAUCACCCACACAAUCACAAUUGCCUAUCCAGCCAGAGAACCAGUUGUUAAAUUAUUCUAAUCCCACCACUACACAGGGCUAUAUAAUAAUAAUAAUAAGCAAAAUUAAAUAAAGCCAAACUAAGUGUCAGAGGGGAUGGUCCACAGGGUGAGGUCAAAAGCCAUAAGUCCCCACUCAGGCCACCAAGCCCAUUUUGGUGGUCACCAGGCUAGACGCCCAUUUCUGGUCAUGCUUUAGGCACAAAGCCAUCUCAAACUUUGGCCUGUCCUGUCCUUGCAGGCCUGGGAAAGGGGAAAUCUGCUUUCAAAAAACCUUGCCAAGGAAAUGGGAGUGCAGGAUAACUCCCCAAAACCUACUUUUGCAACUGAACAAACCUUGAAGAGUGAAGCCUGACCUACUUAGCUUCUCAAGAUUAGGGAGGUGUUGUGCCAUAAAUAUUUAUGAAGUUCUUGUUUGCGUGCACAGCUGCUAAAUGAUUUCCAGCUUCAUCUGAUCAAUAGAAUCAUGAAACAUGGGACAAUAUCUGGAAACAUCCACUCUCCUUGCUUCAAAACCACAUCUAGAUAGGAGAGAUUCUUUCUGUCUGCAUCCUUGCAGAGCUUAAAUCUCACUAGAGAAAAGAGUUGCUCUGAGCAGCCUUUCUUGGGGCUACCCUCAUGUGAGUGGCUGGGCUUGGCCAACGUGCAGCGAAGGCAGACGGAGUUGGCGGGUUGCCCAGCUGACAGGCCAGAAUCUUUGGCAAGGAUGCUCCGUCUUCAGGCGGGGAAAGGCAGCUGGUCCUGCCGAACCUUGCAUGCCUAACCCAGGGAUCAAGUUCGUAAAAAGCUGGAGUCCCUCACAAAGAUUCUCGCCUGUCAGAGAGUAAAGGCGAAGGCAACGGAUGGAGACUUGCUCCAUAUUCCAGAGUGGGAGAGAUCAAUUGCAGUGGAGCAUCAACUGCAGCCAGGGCAGCCCAGUGUCUCAGGGCGGAGAGAAAGUCACGCGUAUCCCUGAACUACAGAGGUGCCCACAGCACCAAGAAGGGCCGGAAGAAGAGGUAACUAUAGGGCUUCUCUCCUGCUGUGGAAUAUGGAGCGAGUCUCCAUCUCCCACCAUUGCCGUUACCUCUGACAGGCGAGAACUGACAGGGAGGUGGAGCGGUGGGGCCAGCCAGUGGUAGGUUCAGCCAGCAGGAAGCCACAGCAGGGCACCAAAAGAGUUUUAUUUUUUGAGGAACACACACGAGAGCGAGAGAGAAAGAAAGAGAGAGAAAGUCUAGGGAAGGCGAGAGAAGAGACACACUCCCAGAGAUACCUGUUUCCCAGAGAAAAGAAAUGACUGAGCCACCAACCUGUGUAGACAUGGCUGGGUUGUGUGUGUGUCAUGUGACUGGGUGGAAGUCAGCGACAUUGAGUUGGCCACAUCCAUGCAGGUUUUGUGACUCCCGGUGUUUUCUGUGGAAAAUGGGUCCAAAUGGCUCUUUGAGUGCUUAAUGUUGCAGACCACUAGACUCUGAAAAGAAGUGGGAGACAUGAUAGCAGUAUUCCAAUAUUUCAGGGGCUGCCAUAAAGAGGAGGGAGUCAACUUAUUUUCCAAAGCACCAGAAGGCAAGACAAGGAACAAUGGAUGGAAACUAAUGUGAGAUAAAAACUCAAUUAUUAAAUCCUCUCAACACAGACAAGUCUGGGUCACAAUUCAAAAACUUUUAUUUACAGAAAAAUAAAAAGCAUUUGCAAAGGUGGACUCCAAGUAUCCUUCCCAAGUGGAUCAAGUACAAGGAGAGCAAAGAAUAGCAUUCAAACAAUAUAUUUUAUACACUUUACUCCUAAUAAACUCUCCCCCUUAUGCUCAUUCA